AUGGAUUUCAAUUCACUCAAGGAUCAGAUCAGUAAUCUGACCCUCUAUGAUGUGAAAGCCGGUGUACGAAAGGUUCAAAAUGCAAUGAUGAACUAUACUGAGAUGGAGUCGAAAGUCCGGGAGGCCACAAAUAAUGAACCGUGGGGUGCCUCGUCAACCUUGAUGCAGGAUAUUGCAAACGGCACACACAACUACCAACUAUUGAAUGAAAUUAUGCCUAUGAUUUACAGGCGCUUCACUGAAAAAACGGCAGAGGAAUGGCGUCAGAUUUAUAAAGCGUUGCAACUUCUCGAGUUUCUUAUAAAAAAUGGAUCAGAGCGAGUUGUUGAUGAUGCGCGGUCUCAUAUCUCUCUUCUUCGCAUGCUGCGUCAAUUCCACUACAUCGACAAUAAUGGCAAAGAUCAGGGUAUUAAUGUUAGAAAUCGUGCCCAAGAACUGGCAAAACUUUUGGGUGAUGUUGAAGCCAUCCGUGCGGAGAGGAAAAAGGCAAAAACCAAUCGAAAUAAAUUUGGUGGCAUCGAAGGUGGUAUGGGUGGCUUCUCCGGCGGGUUUUCAGGCAGCUCUCGUUACGGUGGCUUUGGAAGUGAUGAUACCUCAUUUGGAGGGUAUAGUGGAGGCGUUUAUGGUGAUGGUGGAGGGUUUGGAGGUAAUACAAGCGGCUUCAAUGACACUGGUAGGCGGGGCAAUCGUUUCGAGGAAUACGAUGAGAACGACGAGGAUGGGGGCCAUUCUGCUAGUCAGAGGAGGGCCGAACGCAGUACUUCAACUGCGACAAAACAAUCGGCGAAAAAAGCGGAGCCUCCAAAAGCCCCUGAGCCUGAUUUAGUAGACUUUGGAGAUAUGGACGAACCAGCACCUUCGACUUCAGCCUCGCAAACAAAGAGUUCAGUAUCUGCUGGCAAACAGCCCGCCAGCAGUACUAAAUCUGCGAAACUCGCCCCACCGUCACUCGAUGACGAUGACGACUUUGAUGAUUUUCAGUCUGCCAGCCCUGCUACACAAAAUGCCACAUCGCAGUUCGCACCUAUUCCACCUCCAACGUUUGCUUCAACAAGCGCAUCUCAGACACAAUUUGCAGCCCCAAAACCCGUUUCAGGGACACAAGGUGCAAACCUCAAUGGAUUGGUGGGCCUGACGUCCCUGCCUGUAACGCCCUCGGCUACUGGCAGCGUUUCUCAGACACCCGGUACCACAGCACCCGCGAUGAAGUCCCAGCUAUUGAAACCAACAGGAUACCAAGCUGUUCAACCAAACUAUUUCACGUCCGUCACCGUGCCGCAGACUCAGCAACAGCCGCAAGGCGGCGUUAAACCCCCCUCGGGUCCUUCUUUCAACAAUAACAAGCCAACUUCACCCGUUGCGAAGACAACAUCUGGCGAUGCUUUUGGGAGCCUCUGGUCCUCUGCUAGUAUGAACGCUGGAAUCAAAUCUACCGCGGCUACUCAGAAGGGUCCUAACCUGGCUAGUAUGGCAAAAGAGAAAGCCAGCGCAGGCAUUUGGGGUGCACCAGCAGCCGGGACGAUGCCUACUGCCAGCAACAAUACAAGCUCACCGCCACAGCAGCAGAAGGGUGGCAAUACUCCUGCAGGCCACGGAUUGGAUGAUCUGCUAGGUUAA